AUGCUGGAGGACCAACAACAAAAUGAACAUAUCGAUAAAUUAUUAGAAAAAGAUGGAAAUACAACAAAAUUGUUUUUAAUGGAAAGGGCUGCUGAGCCGUUAAUUGAUGAAAUAUCUGAACAUUCUCAACAACAUUUAAUUGGAUUUUCUAGCAUGGUGCCAUAUAUAAUGAAAUUCUCAAAUGAAGAUACUCUUUUCUACAAUCCUCUAGAAGGAGAAAAUCAACAACAAAAUUCUCGUUGUCUAACAAAUUUGGAUAAUGCUAAACUUGUAGAAAAUGAAAAUAUUCAUCAGCAAGUUGAUAUUUUUGAAUCGAGAAAGAGGUCUUGGUAUUCACAAUCGGAAUGGUCUCAUUUUGAGGAAAAUAGUGGUGGAGGUAUAUUUUAUAAAAACUAG